AUGGCUACUAGAGGACGAGGAAAAUAUAGAGAUACUUUAGCAUUUAAAAAGGAAUCUGAGAAAUUAACAGCUCGCGAAGUAUUCGGUAUUAGUGUAGACAAUCCAUAUGCAACAUGGCGUUAUUUUAACGUCGUUGGUCUUGGGAUCGAUGCUGACACAUCGGCUUCGGACACUAGUUCUGAUAUCAACGAUACCUCUUUUAUGAAUAUUGAUGCGGUUGAACGUAGUCCUUCUUACGUUGCUCCCACGAACGAAGAUAAACAGCCAAUACAAUCUAAUAGAUUGAAAGAAGCAGAGUUCAUGCAGUUACAGACCAGCCAAACAAGAUUUACUGCAUCUGAUCAAAUGCUUAUCAAUCUAAAUAAAGAGGACCCGCCACAAAAUCCAUUUAUAUUUGUACGUGAACCAAAAAUUUUUGAUGACUUGCUGCAGAUUGAUUGGAAGGAAUAUUUAGAAAUGGACUUUAAGGAAAGAAG